AUGGCGGCCGCUCAGGGCGCUCUCGUGCAAGGCUACCGCCUCGGGCCCCGGGUCCCCAUGGUUCUGAAAAGCGUCGCAGAGCGUGCAACACGAGUCGUCGGACUUGGCAUCCCCAGCAAAAUCAUCGCUCGUGCGAGCGCGUCGACAACAUGUGUGAAGGAUGGCGGUAACCUUUGCGAAAAACCCGAAGGAGGCAACUCCAUGACGCUUCCUAUCGUUCUUGGUGUUGUGAUUCCCCUCGUGGUCAUUGCCUGCGUUUUGUUUUAUCUUCAUCGGAGAAAUGUGAAGCGUUUGCGCAAGGAGGACAAUCUGGACCCCCACAAGUCACUGGAUUUCGGUUUGGCCAUGGACGCGACAAAGCAGACAGCCAAGUCGAAGCGGAAGAGCUCUUUCUUCGGCGGCGAAAAGGAUAUGUUCCACCCCAAGUCGCGUCAGCUCUCCAUGGACAUGAACCUGUCAAGCCCUUACCUUCUCCCCCCCGAGGUGCAGCAAUCGCGUGAGUCGCUGCACUCGCUUGCCCGUACGCUGCACCAGAAUGAAGACCCUUACCGUCCAGUUACCCACUACGCCGGCAGCGACGUUGCCUCGAUGCGUUCAUUCCAGAAGGACGUCCGUGAUGGUGCUUCCAUUCGCACCGGUGCGACAAGUGCUUUGGAUGACAGGAACGGCAAUUCCCGGUCCGGAAGUGCCGCUGGCUCCCGGAUGGCUCCCCCACGACCCCACCGCAUGUCUGCUGGGCCCCAAUCCCCUCGUGGCGGAUCACCCAAACCUGCUCCUUUUGGCGAGAACAGCGACUUCUCCUCGGUAUCAUCGCAGAUGCCGUCCCCGCCGCCGCCUGUCGGCGGUGCGGCCGGCUUCGUGUUUGAGCCUGCGUUUCCUGCUGCCGAGAUGGCUGCCGAGACAGGUCCUGUCGAGGCCGAUGGCAGCAACGUGCCGCCUGUUGCUGAGCUUCAGGCCCCUGAGCCGGCGGCGACCAAGAUCUCCCGCAAGGGCCUGCCGGUGUCUCCACGGCCACAGGAUCCUGAAGCACCACCAGCCAACCACCGCUCUACGACGGGCACUGUGGACGAGCCUUUCAUCUAUGAUUCUCCGAACCGCGGUCUUCGCCACGACUCAUCAACGUAUGCCGACUUUGACCUGAAACUGGACGCGCACAACGACAGAGACUCGCACGGCCAGCCGCUCUCUUCAUCUUUGCCGAAGCUGGCACUUGGUGGGCCAUUUGACGACGAGACCUUCCUGCCCGGGCAGGCCACGACAACUGGUAACGAACCCACACUGCCGCAUAUUGUGACCCCUGAUGCUGAGCAUUCGCAACUGCCUAUUGUUGAACCACACCAAUAUGGCGAGCUCUUCCCCGAGGAGCCUGGGCAAGAGGAUGAUGGUCGCGGCCGCUCAUUGCACAAACGGCAAUCGUCCGAGUACCCGCAAGACGGCACCGUCCGCCAAUCGGCUCUCGGUCUGCCGCAGAUGGACACCCGGCGCUUGUCCGUUGGCUUCCGUCCCCUGCCUCCCGAUGAGCUGAUUGAGUCCGAAGACCCUGAGACACGGGCCAACCGUAUUCGUUCCUUCUACAAGGAGUACUUUGACGAGUCGAAGCCCGACAUGGCCGAGUACAACCAGCACUACCCGCCACACGGUGUCCCGGCCGAAUGGCGUGAGGCUGCCGGUGGUGGCCCACACUACGACCACCCUGCUGGCGGUGCUCAGUACUACGAGGACUACGACCAGUCGUACAACAACAUGGGCGACGGCGCGUAUUUCGAUCCGCAGUCAAACUCCUUUGUUAUGCCGUACGCGCAGCCUGUUUCGAGACGGGCUAUGACGCCGCCUCCGUCAGGAUCGCGCUUCCCUGGUGGCCGGCCUCGUGGCGGUCCUCGCCCGUUCCAUGGCUCCAUGGGUGGUGGUGGCAUGGGCCCUGGCGGUCCUGGUAUGGGUAUGGGUAUGUCGCGCCCUGGGUCGUCCAUGUCCAGCCAAUGGGGUCCCCGCCCUGGCUCGUCUCUUUCGAGCCGCCAGAUGCCCGGUAGCCGCUCUGCGUCCAACUUGUCCGGCCGCUUCGGCGGUGGCCCGCGCAAGCCGAUGCCGCCCCCAGAAGACCUCAUCACGCUGCCUACGCCGAGCAAGCUCAGGGAUGACUCCUUUGCGCUUAUGGGUGCUAUUGACUUUGCGCCCCCGCCUACCUUCAGGGACCAAACCAGUGGGCGGUCCCAGAGUCCUCUCGGCGAGCGCAAACCUUACCAGAUGAACGUGCCCUCUGCUUCACCAUUGGUGUCUUCGUUCGACGAGAUGGCGGCCCUGCCCAGUCCCACAUUUACGGGCCUCGACUUUGCGCCGCCCCGCAAGUUCAAGGACAACGAUACGAUGAGUGACGCGGGUAGUAUCCGCAGUAACCGAAGUGGUAUCUCCGCCAUGAACCAGGCUGCUAUCCGCAGUGGUGCGGGCCGCGUGAGCCGCCUGCCAGGUGACAACGUGUUUACACAGGCUGCACUGGCCGACCAGCUCAAGCCCACUUGGGGUUUCCGUCCAUAG